AUGUCACUGAGCCACCAAACUAAAGUGAUAGCUCCAAAAAUAGACGAAUUGACAUUCAAGAGUGUUAUUUUGGAGUCUCAAAAUUGUCAAAUGAAGAAACUGAUGGACCUUUACUGUACGAUAAUCAACGCGUACGACAUACUCAUUGAUGCUAUCAAGUGGCAGAGACCUUUCUACAACGUGGCGAUAGAGUCGGCGUUCCACUGUAUCCGGCUGUUCCCGCUGUUCGCUCCGUGCGUCUUCGCCGAUCAGAUCCAGGAGGAGGUGCGCCGCUUGAGAGAGCUGCUGGCUUCUAGGCUCUACGAGAAUAAACUAAACAAGCCGGGACGCAACGUGGCGCGGGCGCUGCUGUCCCUGACGGAGGCGCGCGACUUGUCCUUCUCGCUGCUGCAAAUCUUCGACAUCGACAUCUCUCUCCCUUUCAAAUUCAUGGGGCUGCUCUUGACUUACCUUAUCAUACUGUUGCAGUUCGAAAAAGUUAUUAAUCCCUGA